AUUAUUUGACAUCUACCUGCUUACAGGGGCGUAGGUACUCGUAUCUAACAAUUUAACUUUAAAAUAAAAAGAAUUGUCCGAAAUACAGAUAAGUAUUACAUUUAUUUAAAUAGGUACAUUAGGUAGGUACAAAUUCAUGUCUACGCUUAUAACUUUAUAUAUAUAGAUUAUGUUGAAUGAUAAUUUUCGGGAAGCAUUAUAAUUUGUUAGACGGUUUUGAGUUGACAUCGCGACAUAAUAAGUAAGUAGUUGGUUAGUAUCAAUAUAGGGUCCGGGUCCGCAGCUAAACCCGUAGUUAAGUUGUAUAGGUACUGUAAAAACGGUCAACUCCGGGUUAGUGCGUUUUCACAUUAUCCGAUCUGAUAUCGGAUGUCGGACCGAUAUUCCAUAUAUUUCCGCCGCCAUCUUUGAUUUUUUCCUUUGAAAUCCAACCUACAUCCGAUAUCGGAUCGGAUAAUGUGGAAACGUUUAACUAACUUUUGGCUUAGCUAACUCUAGAUCGUGUAGUAGAUUUGCCAGGGUGCUCCAAUAUGCUCCUUUUAAUUCAAUUGAGUUUCUGUGGAGGUAUUCCGUCAAGUCAACACUAUUAACAAAAUACAAGUUAAUUGUACCUAGUUACGUAGGCAUUCUUCAAUUACUAAGUUCGUAAUUUUGUUUCCUAUGAGACAUUAUGAGUCUAAUCUGCCUUAGACGUAUUUCAAAACAAGAGUGCCUACUUAGACCUACUUAUUAACGACAAACAUCUGUCAACGCUCAUUGAGCGGCUGAUUAAAGAACCUGACUGAAUACCAUAGAUGGAACUCUUUACAAUGUUUCUCAAAGCGCCUAAUUUUUAGUCAACUAUUUACAUGUCCGAGGUUGCAAGGUUGAGUAAGCUCCACGAAUUGUUCAUUUUACCCGACGGGAUGCUUGUAUGUAUCCAUUGAAAUCGUAUCAAUUAAGGGGUGUCGCCUUGCAUCAAAUGAGGUAGUUCUAAUUUGUAUUAUAUAUUAUAAGAGAUGAAAUAGUGAUGUCAAAUCCAAGUUUUCCACCUCGAAAGCCGACGGGAUCAUAAUUAAAUUCAUGAAAAUCCAUAAAAUUUUAGGACCUUUUCUGACGUUUGUUAAAUUUUACCACCAAGAACCUUUUUAACGGCAAAAGUGGCUAUGAACAAUUUGAUGUCUACUAAAUUAUCGUUAUUAUGAAUAUAAUUUUGUCUUGGUAAGCCAUAUAUUUACUGAGAUACGGUCAUUGAAAGUUUUGCACAAUUUCGACAAAAGGGAAAAGUAGAUGUAGCUGUUCGGAGGUGUGUAAUCUUUUUUAAUCCAUACUGAAUAUGAUUUUUUACGGAGUCCACAAGGCUUCAUUUCUCAACCGACGUUGGAACCACCAACUCCUCAGGUUAUGCUUAAAAUGAACAAUUUUCUGUACUUACAAAGAAGGUUGUACCAGCAGUUGUGGUCAACAGCUCAGCUGUUUGCACCUACUGCAGUGGACAAUUCUGCGGUAAAGUACCAGGUCUGGUGUGUGCCAAUGUUGAUAAACCACUCGAUGAUGAUCCACCAUCAGAUGACGAUUUUGACCUUCCUGAUCAGUUGACGGAGACAUAUUACCUCGGUAAGCUUUCUCCUAAAGGAGUGCUGUAAAUUCGAAGGUCCAGUCUAGUUCAUUUAUCGUUAACUAUGUUUAUUUCACUAACUAACCCUACUUCAUAUUGCAAACCUUUGAGAAGCUGAAUCUUCGAAACAUUUGACGUACCAAGACCAGAUUAGUCUCAUUUAAUUACAAAUUUUGUCUACUUUAAAUUGUGCAUAGUUACUUUUGCUGUACCAUGGGUCCUUUGUUGAACAAAAUUGCAAAUGCUGAAAUUUUCUAUGGUUUUUCGUGUAUUUAAUAAUGACCCCAUUGGCUUUCGAGGUGGAAAACUUAGAUGUCUUAGAUGCCGCAUCACUAUUGCAUAUACAACAAUAUGAAACACCAAUUAGAACUACCUCAUUUGAUGCAAGGCUGAAUGUACGAUUUCAAUGGAUCAUAUGAAAACAAGCUUCGACACCUGAAUGUUUUUUGAUUUAUUGAGGUAAUAGAUUAAUAAAACAACACUCUUAUACCAAGGAUUUUUAUAUAGGAUUUCCAUGAUCAUACUAAGAAAUAGUACCUCGAUUUUUUUGCGCCACCUAUUAAAUACUAUCAUAACUACACUGAUGAUGCCUACAAAUUUAUUUUUUCAAAAUGUGUAUUGAUGUGAUAUCAUGAUUUUAAAAUAAAGAAAUAGGUCUAAGAUAUUUACUUCAGUUACCUACAAUGAUAUUUUAAAUCAAUAAGUCUUAAUACCUAAAUAUCGUCUUUAUAUUUAUUAUCGUUACAUAGAACUCAUAAAAAAGAGCUUUACCUCUUACCUACAUUCUUCCUUUGGAAAGGACAUAAGAAAUUAAAAAAUAUUGCGGAGAAUUUUUCAAUGGUAACCCUAAUGUGUUCCUUGUAACUCGUUAUACAGCUGUCAAAGUUCACAGACAAAAAUAAAAAUGUCAACGUCAAUCUGUCAUUAUUUAAAAAUGGCGGCGGCCAGUGUACCGUCCGGCCUGCGCCCGCGCAAAGCCUUAGCAGACAUAGAGAUAGAGGACGUCCUAAAUGACUCGGAAUUUGAUUACUCGGGAGAUGAUUCAGACGACGACCCUAUGUUUCUUCCAUUAGAAAUUGAAAAACAUGCCAGUAUCGAGUCUGAGUCAAGCAGCAGUUCGGAUGAAGAAGAAAAUGUACCCGAUCCUCCUGUUACACCACCUUUAUCAUAUUCUGAUGUAUCAGAGUUAGCAACUACAAGUUCUUCUUCAAGGGGACGAGCCAGAUCUUCAUCAAAAGCACGCAGCCGCGGGAGAGGUAGAAACAGAGGAAGAGGCCGAGGACGAGGUAGGACAAUGCGCAAGCGCAAUCACCGCCUUCCCUUCAGACAAGGGCUUCUGCUUCCAGUGUUCAGGAUAAUUGGUCGAAAGAAUAUUUUCAACCUGAAAUAAGACGACUGACACAACCGGCAUAUAAGCCGAUAGAUUAUUCAGAAUAUGAAUGGUACCAAUUUUACGAACAAUACAUUGACGCCGAUAUUCUGUUUCAAAUAAUUGAUGCUACUAAUAGAACUCACAUUUUGAACACUGGAAGGUCACUUGGACUUAGUCUAAGAGAGUUACGAGUAAACGUGUUUAUUGGAAUAACUCAAGUCAUGUCAGCUCUCCAGUAUCCAGAAAUUGAUAUGUAUUGGUCAGAAAAAUGGAGAGUUCCCAUAAUAGCUCAAGCCAUGACUCGCAACCGAUUUUUUUUUCAUUAGAAAACGCCUCAAAUGAUGAUUUAGCGGUGGUAAACGCUUGGAUGCAGUACAGGUCAGUGCAAAUGCAGAAAGGUAUUCGAAAAAAACAAAUACUGCAACUAAGAGCGUAUAAGUUAGACUUGGGCGUCAAAUUAAUUACGGACAAUGAAGAGAGCGAUGAGGAAGACCGCUUUUCUGACUACGAAGAACUGGAGCCAAAGCAUAAAAAGCGUAGGAUAUUAAUUAAGCCAGUUCCUACCCAAGAAAGUCGAUUGAAAAAAGCUGCUCAUCUGCCAAGAUAUAACACAGAAAACCAGCAUCGUUGCCGCAAGCCCGGCUGUGAGAAAAAGACAACGGUAUUUUGUCAGAAAUGCGAGAUAUUUUUAUGUUUCAUGCCAAACAGAAACUGCUUUUCUGAUUUUCAUGAAGCUGAUAAUUAGACUAAAAAUGAAACUGCUGAUCUCGUUGUUGAUUAUUAAUAGUAUUGACUUUUCUAGUAUUUUUUUUAGGUCUAGUAUGAUGACUGAGAGUACAA